CCGCUAGCCGCAGCCGCCGCCCGCCGCCGCACACAUCACCUCAGUCGGUGCGCGCCAGUCGACCCGGCCUGACGUACCGUCCGUGCGAGGCAAAGCUCCCUGUAGCGAGCAGCGAGCCGACCGGAGGCUUCGCAGUCAACCACCAGUAAGCAGGACGCAAGCACACAACUCGUCGUGUUUUACACCGACCGGUGCGACCAUAUCUUUCGAGAGAGUAUUUCUCAUUGGAACUCCUGGAAUGUUCGGCAUCAACAGCUUCCGCAACGCCGCCAGCAGCCAGCCAGGAGAUGAGGAUGACACCUGCUCGACCUCAUCGUCGGACUCCGACAUGGAAUUCGGAAACAAGUACACGAAGUACAGUGAAGAAACUAGUACUGAUGGGAGGAUUCAACAAGAACUAGAGGACCCGGUUGAGAGCGAGGAUGGUGUGAAGAUUGUGUUUAAACACAAAUGCAAUAAGCACCCAGAGGCGUUUAUUGCGGCCAUCACUAAAGCCAAGAAAAUCAAGUCUCUGAGUUUGAUGCCUCUAGGGCUCGGUAUGUCCUGCACCAGCACAAAUACAGACAAGGUCGAGCGCGUUCUACAGGCUUUGGAGGCGGGUACGAGCGACGUCUUGGAACUGGAAUUGUUAGAUGCGGACUGGGCACACUCCUUGGACGGCAGUGACCGCUUGGUGCGCCUGCUGAAGAAGUACUCCGACAGUCUGCGCAGCGUGCACCUGACGAGCCGCCUUCUCGUACAGCCCAACAGGAAGGACAAGAAGUGGACUGUUCUAAAGGUGCUUUCUCGAAUGCCUCACCUGGAGCGCCUGCAGAUCUACUACUGUGCCCCGAAUUUGUACUUCGACACGUACCGCGGCGAGUUUAAACCAACCGAAGACUUGAGGAGCCCCAAGCGUCCUGCUUUUCCGGCCCUGAAGGAGAUCGAGCUCGGUUUGUCUAUCUAUUGGUUCCGCCAGCAGUUCCUCUACGCAAUGCUUCCCCUCCACGACAGCAGCAUAACGGACCAUGAGUAUGAGGACAUUUGCGGAGGUGAUCGUGAGGAAGAAAAGGAAGCUAUGUUAUCGGAUAUCCUGCAUUACAAAGCUGAUAUUAUCACCGGCCUUAAGAUGGCCUGCUUUGGAGAGACGACUUACAGACUGCCCAUACUGGACCUUUUUGCUGAGCUGCCCAAUUUACGGGAGAUUUACCUCAAGGUGGAGCACGUCGACGUGACCGAGAACUUAAAAACAUUAGAACAAGUUACUCUUCUCUUUGUGGAACCUAAGAAGUCAGUGGUCUCCGACGCUGUGGCUGUGAUUGCUCGCUCGGCCGCGUGGGCUGCACUGCGGUCUCUUCUGCUCGAGGUGCCCGUCCAAGUCGUCAAAAAGGUUGCUUCUGACUGGAACAGAGUUCUGGCUGCCGUCGCCGCUCAGUGCACCGAACUGCGCAAGCUGGUAGUGGCGGGAAAAGGCUGGGACAAACCUACGCUCUUCUCGCUUCUCCAAAACAACGUGAAUCAUAUCGAGCAGGUGGACGUGAGCGCGUGCGACCAGCUCCUCCCGGAGCACCUGGCGCUGCUGCGUGACGCGCCCGCCCUGCGCAGCAUCAAGCUGCGGCGCCACGAGCAAGCCGCCGCCGCCAGCCGCCCGGCCCAGCAGGGGCACCGGAAGAAGAGGGGCGGCAAGAAGAACAAGAAGAAGCCGCGGGCUGCCGCCGCGCCUGCCGCGCCUGCCGCGCCCGUCCCCCUCGAGGACACGCUGGGUCCCGCGGAGAAGGCCUGCCACGAGGCCUGGAAGGGGCGCGGCGUCGACGUGCAGUGGCUCUAAGUACUGCAUGCUGCAUUGCCCUGUCAGCUAAUGUGACUUUCUCCCAGGAUAAUUUCAUUUUUUGCAUUUUUUUUCAAGUGACGUUAUACACGUCGUGAUGAAGGUUACAUAAUUUUUUGGUCUUUAGGGGCCGUAUAUCUAAUAAUUUCGAUUUAGGACAUCCGUCUAUUAGUUCUAUUUAUGGAGCAUUUACGAUAUGUUCUGUAGUAGUUUGCAGUUCUCUUUGAGUGUUACUUCCAUUUAUUUAAGUAAAGGUAUACACUAGAAAAAUAAACUGAUUAAACGGUACUGUGCAA